AGCCUCAUAUCCGAGCUAACAGUCGCUUCACAGCUCUGUUUAUAGACGCACACGCAGAUGAGAUCAGAACAGUUUCUUUGAAUUUACUCCAAAACCCCCCAAAAUAUAUUAUUUUAAUAUUAAUUGACGUCGCGAUUUGAAAUCUGACAAAAUGUUACAAUUCAGGAGAACCUUUGAAACGGAAAAACAUCAAUUACAGGAACUCAAUAACAGACUUGGUCAUUAUCUCUCAAGAACGAAGAUUCUGGAGCAAGAAAAUGCCUGCCUCAUCACUGAAAUUAACAAGUUAAAGCAGGAAAAAACGUUGGAAUGGGAACACCAAUACAAGGCCGAGAUGCGGGAAUUGAGAAGAAUGGUGGGGCAGUUGGCCUUCGAGAAGUCCCAAGCGGAGAUGGAGCGGGAGAGGCUAUGGAGAGAGUUUCAGAUGGUGCAAGCUAUGUGUAGCGAGGAAACAGUGGUAUGUAAAGAUAUUGGAGGUGACAUUAAGGAGUGCGAAAAACUGCUUCAGCUUGCCCACAACAAAAACGGGGCCCUUGAAGAACGAUUAUUACAACUCGAGAAUGAGUGCCAAUGUAUGGAAGAUGCGCACCGACAAGAAAUCGACCACCUUCGGAAUCAGGUGCACUCGCGGGUUGUUGUUACUCAGAAGUACCUUGGACCUCCUGCUGUGUCCACGGAAGAGGUUCAGGAGUAUGCCCGUAGCGUAUCCGAUAGUUGGAUCAACACCUUUGAGAUGUAUCAGAAGAGAGUGGACGAAAUGGAGGAGUCCGUUAGGGCAGAUCAGGCAAGACUGGACGAUCUUCAAAGGGAAAAGAUGCAUUAUAUUUCCGAGUUAAAAAAAUUACGCGCUGAAGCAGAAAAUCAAAGUCAGAUUCAGAUACAGAUAGAAGAACAACUCAUACACAUGCAUGAAAACUACCGCGAAGAUGUCAACGAGUACCAGAUGAUCAUGGACCAGCUGGAGCAGGAGAGGAGGAUGCUGGCCAGCAGCAUGGCAGAGAGGGUCAGAGAGCACCAGGAUCUCCUGCAGGUCAAGAUGGACCUGGGCAUGGAGGUGGCCGCUUACAGGGCACUUCUGGAAGGAGGGAGGAUGGAUUCAAAGGAAGCAAACAUGAGGGCAAACCAUCACCUAAGAGAAAGAAUAAUAGAUAUCAAGAUGCCCUCCCAACCCUACACACCGAGAGCAUCCACCUCAAACAGACAAGAUCUAAGGACACAUUUGGAUGUCAGAAAUAUGGCGUCAACUUCCAGCUUGAGAAGAGCUCCUGUUCCUGCUCAUUAUGGUUCCACCAGUCCUUCCAGAGUCAUCCCUAUCGCUGUCACAGGCAGAGCUGCCCACCAGAGCCCAGUCGCCAGAAGGGACAUGGUGGCAUUUAGUAAAGCUUCACAGGCUGCAGCUACAGCCUCCGCUAGCACCAGUAAACCUGUGGUCCAGAGUGCGGGCAAACAAAGCCGCGAUGUGGUCGAAGAGAGGGGUGUGACAAUCAAAGAGGUUAGCCGACACUCAGAGAAAGAUCAAUUUAGGUCGAUCGCUUCCCACGCGGAUGGCGCCAAAUCAGUGAAAGUGGUUUCGCCAGCGAUGAUGAGUCUGAACGAGUACACAGAGGACAGUAUGAAAGAAAGGAGAGAUGCGGAUGCUAAAAAGAGAGAUGAAAGAGGUGCGUACAAGAUAAGCAAAGAGGAAGUGGAUCAAGAGGACAGAGGAAACGCAUACGCGUCUAAUAGUAGUGAGAAGAAAGUGUUGGACUCUGUGUCUGUGGAGGAGAUCAUUGAGAAGGUCAUGAGGCCAGCAGGUCUGGAUGCAAAGGUGAGCUCCUCUGGCGAUUCAAAGAUCACUUAUCACGUGGAGAAAACGGAGCAGGAGGAUGGAUCAACCAAGACACAGAUCAUCUUUGAGUCCAAAGUAGAGGAAGAGGUGGAUAUGUCCCAAGACUCUGCCCUGGAGGAUCUCUUCAAAAAGGGAGUGAAGAACAUCUCCAUGGAGGACAUCAAAGGAACCCCGACUGAAAGCAUGAUUCAAAACCUCCUGAGUCUGGGCUUGAUGUGUGGAGAUAUGGAAAACAAAUCUGUCAACGUGGAAAUCAUCGAGGAACCUGUGGAGUCUCUAAGCGAAGGGGAGGAAGAGGAAACAGACGAGCAAUCCGUACCCAAGUUCAAGCAGCCCUCCUCAAUGUUCUUUCAGAUUGAGGAGCUAGAGAAUGUCCCACAUGCCAGCAAACACCUUGAUAGUGAAGUUCAUGCAAAGACCCCCAAGAAAGAUGAUGGUAAAAAUGGGUCUGUACGUGUCCAAGAAGAGUUCAGAGAUACCGAUUCUCCUUAUUUCAGCCAUGACCAAGAGUCUCAAGAGUAUUUUGUCUCCACACCUGAUGAUAACAUGUCGGAACCGGAAGACGGUGGUGGUUUUGCUUCAUAUGGACAUUAUGGAGUUGUGGAUGACCUAUCAGAUGAGAGGUACUACCAGGAGGGAGCUCUUGCGCCCAGCAAAAUGUUGGAGGAAGAUGACGAAAGUGAUCUUUACAAGUUUAUGACGAGCGAUCACUCGUUUGUCAAAGAGGGCUUCCCUGAAUGUAUCAUCGAAGAAGAGGUUCACGUCUCGCCCACAGUGCAGGACUCGAUGCUUGAGUUCCUGAGAGAGGAGUCUCUGAGUCCCACAGAGCAGCUGAGGGGAGCCCUGGAGCAGCUGCACGGCUCUGUGUCAGGCUCCCUGAAAGAAGAGUUGGCGCUCCUCACCAGAGCCGGAAGCGACAGUCCUCAGAACCUGUCUGUCAAAAAAGUGCAGCAGUCAUCAGAUAACGGAACAACGACCAUUGUGGCAGAGCUGAAUGUUUCUCAGACCCUGGGGGAUUCUGGGAUGUUGGGUGAGCAGGGAGACGACCUGUCGGAGGCAGAGAUCAUGGAGGCUCUGCGAUCCUCCAAUCCUGGGCUCCAGAAGGAAUUCCAAAGAGGAGCAGAGGGAGGAUAUUCCUUUAGAGUCUCCAGAGAUCCAGAUAAUACUGGAGAGUUGAUGACUGAAGUCACAGAGAAGCAUAUUAAGCUGGGGCCAUCUGAAAAAUCCUUUACUUUCCAGAUGGAUGUGAACAACACCCAGGCUCAGGGCAACAGCAGAGCUGAUGGUCAACCAUUCAGCACAGAGACUGCAGAGUAUGGCAAAGUGCUGCAACCUCAAAUGAUGGAUCCUCCACUGAAAGUCAUUCAUGAGAAAAGGAUUGCAACAGUCUACCUUGAAAGCUCAAAUGAUGACUAGUUCACUCGCUAAUGCAAAUUUUCAAUUACAUUACUCCCGUUGUUAAACCACAUACCAAUCAAUCAAAGUAUACCAAGUAUGAAGUAACACUACUGGUUGUGAUUGAUAUAUUCACUUUAUAUACCUUCAAUCAUGGUAAGAGGAUCUUCUACAUAUAUAUUUGUCAUAAUAACUUGGUGGUUUAAUAGAAGUGCUUCCUUAUUUUCCCACUUUGGUCUAUCCCUUUAGGAGUAACUAACACCUCUGAUCUAUUCUCAAAAUCUAUAUAUUUUUGUACUGACUACGGUUUUUAUCUUGCAUACUGCCUGAGAUACUACUACCAAAAAGAAUACUAAUAUCUAUGCUCUGAUCUUACAGUUAUGUUACAGUCUUAAGUGUUCAUGUAAAGGUAUGUAGCUACAUGGAGAGGAAAACCUUUUCGCAUGUUGUGGAAGGUUGAAAGGAAGUUUUUGCAUAAGGAUUCUGGAGGGGAAAAUGCAGUGAUAUUGAUAAAUAUCUGACUGUAGUUUUCAUUGUAGAACAUUAAAUAUCAUGAACAGUUCAUAUUAAAUGUCAGUCAUGUACAUUAAGAUGUGUUCUAAUUUGCUUCAAAGAGGACAUUGAUCUUUUACAUGCCAUGGAAUCAAAAGAGUUUCAAUGAAGCACAAUAUUGAAAUAAAAAUGGUAUGUUCAAUUUGUAUGUGGUUUGACAUCAGGACUCAGUGAUGGAGGGUUAGACUAGGCCCAGACAAAUUAGUCCAGAUGCCAUUAGAUCACAAUAUCCAUUUUGUCUAGAGGGAGACAGGAGUUGAUUUAAAUUUAUUCACAUUUGGUACAAGAGUAAAUGGGACUCUGUACUGUACUGUCUCUUUUGACCUUCCAGAGUCCUUACCAUGAUCUUUUAAUCUGUAAAUGGCUUCAGAGGGGGCUGUAAUCCAGGCAUUUAGAAUUCCUUUGAGAAUGUUUUUCUGCUUUGGAAGUAUGACAACAGAUGGAGACUAAUUGAGAAGAUGGAGGGACUUUGAGGAAUAUCUUUUUUUUUGAGUAGACUUAAACGUCUUCAUACAUCUUGUGUCAGAACUCCACCAGAAUGUCCUUGUCUGAAGUCCUUUUGUGUCUUUAAUCACAAUGUUGGACAGAUAAGAUUCCCCCUAGCUCUGAGACGACUGUGUCCAUAACCUCCAUGGCUAUUUUAGUUUCAGAGCACCAGCUUAGUUGCACUGCCUGUGUGUGUGUGUGUGUGUGCGCGCGCCUGUGUACUCUGAGUAGAAGUGCUCCAAUAUGGCCUCACCCCACAGGCCCAUGUAUCCCAUAAGCUGCUUUAGUCUUUCUACACUGCAUACAGUUAACACAGCCCCUUCAAAAUAGACCUAGAUUUAACAUUCUAUGUUAAAAAAGGGUGGAAAUGUCCUGGACUGUUAUUCAAAGGGACAAUAUAUGAUAUCUUAUUCAGUCUUCUAUAUAAAGCCUGGUUUUGUCUGGUUUGAGAAAUGAACAUUUUAGUGCUCAUUUGAAACAGUGGCUGGUCUGUGCAAUAUUAACCCCCAUCACAAAAGGUAAAGAGAUACUUUGACACAAACUAGUUUCACAAUCCCUGUAGAUUUACUGCAACCUGGUUUACUGCAAUUUACAAGGUAGAAAAACCUUUGUCACAAAGAUGAAUGCAAAUACUUUACUGUAAACCAUAUCGCACUUGUGUCAUGCAUGUGUUAAAAAUGUGUUUCAGUUGUUGAAAUGGUUUGUUGGACUGAAGUGGCCAUAUACAUAAUUAGCAGGUUUUUGCCUUCAUGUUUCCUUAACAUUACGUUUUAGCUGAAUUUUUAACACUCAUUGUAUUGAAGCACUUCACUCUAAAGGUUUUUAUGGGGUGCAGAAAAGGCAAAAUAUUUUUUUUAUAAUCAAAUGUGCCGUGUUUUACCACACAACUGAUGAGGUAUAUAAGCUUAGAAUUUCCUCAGAGAUGAAUAUUCAAAGGGUGAGCCCUGUGAUCCAAUAGUUGCCGUUUGCCAUUUUUGUGUCCUGUCAAAAUUUAAGUAAUAUAAGUUCCUUUCAUGAUUUAGUUUACCAAUAAUUGUUUUGACAACUGUUGCUAUUGCAAAAACAAUAAAAGCAUUACUAGAGUGUG